UAAGCGCGCACACGUUCUCCAAGCGCACUUCGGCGCACUUUCUUGCCCCAUCUCUCUCCUUGUUCCGCGAACCGCACGUCUCGUCUCUCGUCCCGUUUUUGAGUGCAGAAAGCGCAGUCCGUAAGGGCAGCAAUUCUCGACCUAUACGUCAUUCGCUCCGUGAUUCACUUCACUUUUCUACGAUGAUUUAUUCCAAGGCGAUAUGAAUUUUUUGUGAAUCAACCGCUGGGAUAAUUUAUUAUCAGCUGAUUGCUCGUUAAUUGUCAACGAUUUCCCAUGUAAGAGAAAAGUAUUGGAUCGCACACAUUCAGUGUCGAUGUAAGCUACGUCAGAGACUCCUUCAUGACAUCAGCGGAACAUUUUAUUAGUCUUAUAACAGUAGCAAGUGCAAAGAAAUUAGCUACUGCGCUUGUUAUCUGUUUUAUUAUAUACCAUGGAGUCAUACAUCUUAUUUACGGUAGCGAUUCUUGUAAAUGGUUAUUGACAGAAGGUAGAUACAAAGGAGAUAAAGAAUGGCAACCUUACGGUUGCAUGAUGCAUCAUUAUACGCAAACAGACAGCAGAAGAUGUAUGAGAUAUCUAGCUUUCAUGGGCCACCAUAAUUAUUUUGUAUUUAUUGGCGAUGCUAGAGUAAGGCAACUAUAUAAAUCUUUUGUUUCGCAAUUUGUGAUUGAUGGCAAAGCAUCAGAUCUCACAGAGUUACCAGAAAACUCUGAUUUGGGCUUCAAUGAUGGGCAGCUCAAAUUAAAUGUACAGUUUUUAUGGCGACCACGACUCGAUAACUCUAUGAUAGCAAACCUUAGAAACUGGAUGCAAACAGAUGCGCCUAGUGUAGUCGUCGCGGGUUCUGCCGCAGCUGUGAUUCUUGCAAACAAUAAUAGUGAUACGCAACUCUACUCGGAAUACAGUACGGGUCUGAUUCGACUGGUGCAACCAGUAGAUUUUCUAGCUAAAAAAGGAUCGCGAUUUCUCUGGCUCUUGCAGGAUCCUAUACUCAAAGAAAGACUGCCUGCACAAUUGUCGAGUUUGGACAACAAGCAGAUCAAUUUGUGCAACAAAGCAGCCGAGAAGAUACUGUCUCAUAGUGAGGCUCGUAUAUGGCAAAGCAGCAAACUAGUCGGUAUGGGUGUUCUUGAGCAAAGUCCAGAUGGUUAUUUGGCAAGUCCAUUAUCGCUUCGUCAUAAAGUUCAAAUACUAUUAAACACAUAUUGUAAUGAUCAUAUGAAUUUUGACGAUGGAAGCUGUUGCAGUUAUCCUGAACCAGCAACUACUCUACAGCUGCUAAGUCUAUCUGCGCUUGCAUUAUUUAUAACAAUAGGAGGAGGAGUAUGGCUAUACAGAAAAAUGUGCAAGUAUCGUUCUGAUGUGUCUUAUUCUCAUGUUACUACUGAGGAAGUGGAGGAUACAGAGGAGACAGGUGCUUCAGAAGUCAUACAAAUUAAGCAACCUGAAAUACAAGAUUUCUAUACUCUUAUUACAUCAUUGGCUCUCUUUUCUAUUAUAUUAGCUUACUUUUACUUAUGUGAUAGAACAAAUUUCUUCAUGAAAGAGAAUAAAUAUUACAGUGAGUUCAGUUUCUGGUUACCACUAGGAUAUAUCUUGGCUCUUGGAUUAUUUUUCACUGAAGAUCGUGAAAGAGGACCAAGAGUGUUAAAUAGAGAGCAAACUGAUGAAUGGAGAGGCUUAAUGCAAGCAGUUGUGCUCAUAUAUCAUGUCACUGGUGCCAAAAAUGUUUUACCAAUUUAUAUGUACUUAAGAUUAAUUAAUUCUGCCUAUUUAUUUCUAUCCGGGUAUGGACACUUUUAUUAUUUUUGGCAAACCGGCGACGUGUCUCUUAUCAGAUUUGCUAGAGUCAUGUUCAGAUUAAACUUAUUGACAGUAUCGUUAUGCCUUUGCAUGAAUAGGCCGUAUCAAUUCUACCAUUUUGUACCAUUGGUGUCAUUCUGGUUUCUGGUGAUUUAUUUUCUAGCCUGGCUACCACCUAGAAUAUAUUCUGGAAGUUUAGCGGAAUACGGGCCGAGAGCCUUGCUGUAUUUUGCUUUGAAACUCUUGGGUCUUGUGUCGAUAAUUACUAUAUUGUAUAUGUCAGAGGUAUUUUUUGAGAAAGUUUUCGUCACGAGGCCCUGGAAGGCGUUAUUCGUAACGACUGACGAUGACAUUCGCGAAUGGUGGUCUCGCUGGAGAGUCGAUAGAUAUAGCGUAGUUUGGGGUUUGACUUUCGGAGCCGGUCUCGUCGCUCUUCAGAGACUAGACCAUAUACCGGGCACCGCAUUAUCCUCCGUGCUGGCGUUGGUCUCCUUAAUAGCGUAUACUACUUUCACAAUUUUGUGUCACUCUGUAUCAGAGUGCGAGGAGAUUCAUUCAUACGUCGCUUUUAUUCCGAUUAUAGGAUAUAUCGCUCUUCGAAAUGCAUCAUUGGCAUUACGGGGAAAACACUCUGCACUUUUAGCUGGAUUGGGUAGGAUAAGUUUAGAGACGUUAGUCGCACAAGGCCACAUAUGGCUGGCAGCAGAUUCACAUGGAGUGCUUGUGUUAUUACCUAGAUUCCCAGUAUUGAAUCUGCUGGUUACAUCGUUUAUUUUCAUCUGUGCCAGUCAUGAGAUUCAUAGAUUAACACACGUUUUAGCACCAUAUGCAGUACCAAAUGAUUGGAAAUUAGUAGCUCGUAAUUUGCUACUGUUCACAGCUGUAUUGGUACCAAUUGGUAUUCAUGAUGGAAUGUUUUAAAAAGUGGAUAUUCCAAAAAAAUCAAAAAUACUUGCAAUUUAUUAAUGUGCAGAGUAUAAAAUGACUUCAUAUCAUAAUAAAUAGGCCAAUUAAAGUGAAAA